AAGCGGAAGACGCUGACUGUAAACUGAACAGAACGCUGAAGUAACUGCGGGAGUUUUCAAAUAAACUUUCCAAGGUUUAUAGAAAGCUGAUUAUUCGUCACAUUUUGUUUAAGGUUCUACAUAUGUUUAACUUAAAUUAACUUGAGAUGUUUGUUUUUUUCUUAAUAUACGGUUAGGUAUUUGUUUUGUGAAACUCGUAGUCGGCUCUUGCAAUCUCCCCUUGUGCAAUCGGGUCAACGUUAUUGAUUUGUGUUUCCGUUUAUUUUUUCAGUUGCUGAUAUCUGAUUUUGUAUAUACUGUAUAUUUGUUUCUUAUCAGAUAUGACCACCAUUCGUAUCUCGGGUCAUUUACCCCCAAAUAUCGAUUGCACCAAAGCCCCCAUUGCUUUCGGAAGACGGGCUGUGCCCAAACUCAACGAGGAACUGCAGAACCCGGAGCUGAUUACCCGGCAAAGGGCGCUCAUGUCCCUGUGCGAUUUGGUGCACGACCCGGAGAUCGCUUUGGAAGCCAUGCGUCUAGGGUGUCUGGAGAGCCUAAAACGUCUCCUUGGAGAUGUGGACAGCACAGUGCGCAUGAAAACCACAGAGAUAUUCUACCGCCUCACUACCCAUAACGUAGGAAGGAUUGCGUUUCUGAAGAGCGAUGUUAUCCUUCCUCUGUCCCAGCUGUUUGAUGAGCCGGUGGACGUCUGUCGCAAGAACAUGCACAUGGCCAUUGAAAUGAUGUCAGAGUUUCCAGGCGGCGCGGUGGGGUUGGUGGAGGCUGGGCUGAUCCCCAGGCUGGUGUUCAAGCUGACCUCCGAGCUGGAGGAGAUCCAGGAGCUCAUCUUGGACACGCUGCACUUCUGCCUGUGCGUGGACGCCAGCGAAGCGCUGGCCAGCGAGGCGGUCAGCGUGCUGAAGGAGAAGCUGUCCCACCGUUCCGCCCGCAUCCGCAGCAAGGCAGCCCGAGCCCUCAUGGACAUCAGCGUGCCCCUGGAAGGGAAGAACAAGCUCUGUGAGGAGGAGGUCAUUCCCAUCCUGGUGAAUCUCCUGGGAGACCCCAGUCCCGAGGUGGCAGCCAGCGCAGCAGGAGCCCUGAUGAGCGCCACUGUCACCACACCAGGUAAGUACGCUGCCCUGAACGCAGACGCCCUCCCCCCUCUGCUGGGGCUGGUGAGGAGCCCCCAGAUGAACGUGUGCCUCAACGCCGUCAAAGCCAUCACCGUGCUGGCAGAGGCCCCCGAGGGCCGCAAGGAGCUGCUCAAACACCUGGACCUGCUGGAGGACCUGCGGGGCCACGAUAGUGAGGUCACGAGGAGGGCAGCGGAGACCGCCAUGCGAGUCAUCACCUGGAAACCCUGAUGGACGUGCAGGACUCCGAGACGCACCGCUCACUCCACGCCACUGACAGCAUGAAACACUGAAUCAUCUGUACUCCCCCGAUUCUUUAAGAAAUAAAACCAAUUCCCAGCUC